GCCCCCGCGCCCCGCCGCCGCGGGGAUGUCGUACAAGCCGAACUUGGCCGCGCACAUGCCCGCCGCCUCGCUCAGCGCCGCUGGGAGUGUCCACCCGCCUUCCACCAGCAUGGCCACGUCCUCCCAGUACCGCCAGCUGCUGAGUGACUACGGGCCACCAUCUCUAGGCUACACCCAGGGGACUGGGAACAGCCAGGUGCCCCAGAGCAAGUAUGCCGAGCUGCUGGCCAUCAUCGAGGAGCUGGGGAAGGAGAUCAGACCCACGUACGCGGGGAGCAAGAGCGCCAUGGAGAGGCUGAAACGAGGCAUCAUUCACGCCAGAGGGCUGGUUCGGGAGUGCUUGGCCGAGACGGAGCGGAACGCCAGGUCCUAGUGGCCUCCUUCCCCUGGAAGCUUUUCCAUCUUCUUCCAAGACAAGAAGUUACAGUUCAUCUCCCCUCUUCAGAAGAAACUCUUGCUUUCAAAAUGGUAACAGUUUGGUUUUCCUCCUGUGUGCCUCCCAUGAUUCCUUAGGCUCUGACCCUACUACUGUCUCUAAGAUGGAGAGAAGAUUUUGGCAGUGGAUUAGGGCUUGCAUUUUAAAUAGUUAGCAACGCCCAGGUUGGUUUUUUCCCCCAAGCAUUGAUGCUCAAGAUGCGUGUCAGGUCACCUGUCCCACCGCAGACGGGCUGCCCGCAGCGCUGGGCCAGGUCAGCCUCUUCUGUUACCCAGAGGGCCUUUCGUUCCUUUCCGUAAGCUAACCCAGCUGGCGAGGGUGCUCAGUGCCCACCGACAGCACCUUCCUUAGGGGCCGCGCCUUUCGUCAUACAGCGUAGAUUCUGCUUCAUGUAACUUCUUUUUUGCUUAAGCAUUUGCAUGACAAUUAGUGCUUUGAAGUCAACUUAAAAAACGCACAAGUUAUAAAUACAGAAGAAAGAGCAACUGCCAAGCUACCAAGCCUGACCCCGAGGCGUUCCCACGGAGACUGGACACAGGUUCCAGCUCUGCCUUUCUGGAAGUUGGUCCAAACAUCUGGAAGAAAACGACUAAAACCGUUUGCAUCUUUGUAUGUAUUUAUUACUUGAUGUAAUAAAGCUUAUUUUCAUUAACAAUUCGUAUGAGGAUGUGGGUUC